CAUAACACGUCGUGGAUCCUUUCAAAACAAAACAUUGAAGGUGUAAGCAAGUGAAGUGAACAAAACCAAAAACUAGCUAUGAAGUGUUUAGUGUUCCUAGCGUUGUUUGUAACAGCUUACUGUGAAAUUAAAGAAGAAGAUGAUGUUCUUGUUGUUACCACAGCUAACUGGGACGAAGCGGUCACAGACGACGCUAAUGUUUUAGUUGAAUUCUAUGCCCCCUGGUGUGGACAUUGUCAAUCUCUAGCUCCAGAAUAUGCUAAAGCAGCCAAAUCAUUAAAAGAGAAAAAAUCAGAUAUCAAACUUGCUAAAGUUGAUGCUACCAUUGAAACUAAAUUAGCUGAGAAAUAUGGAGUUCAAGGAUUUCCAACUUUAAAAUUUUUCAAGAAAGGGAACAUGAUGGAAUAUGGAGGAGGAAGAACUGAAUCAGAAAUUGUGGCCUGGUUAAACAAGAAAACUGGUCCACCAGCCAAACACCUUGAAACUGCUGAUGAUGUAAAAAGUUUUGUUGAGCCGCGUGAUGUUACUGUUCUUGGUUUCUUUACUGACAAAGAAAGUGAACUAGCUAAAGCCUUUAUAAAAGCAGCUGAUAGUGUUGAUGAUAUAGAAUUUGGUAUCACUACACCUGCUUCUUCAGGAGAAUACAAAGUUAAUGAAGACAAAAUUGUUGUGUUGAAGAAGUUUGAUGAUUUACGUGCUGACUAUAGUGGGGAAGCUACUGCUGAUGCUAUCAAGGCUUUUGUCAAGGCAGAAUCUAUUGCUUUAGUUACUGAAUUCACAGAUGAAGCUGCACCCAAAAUAUUUGGAGGAGACAUCAAAUCUCACAUUCUUUUGUUCAUCAGCAGAAAAGCAGAAAACUUUAAGGAUACUAUUGAACUCUUUACUGAAACUGCUAAAGCAUUCAAGGGCAAAGUUUUGUUUAUCUACAUUGAUACUGAUGUUGAAGACAACUCUCGAAUUCUAGAAUUUUUUGGAUUAAAGGCUGCUGAUGCUCCAACUUUGAGGCUCAUCAAAUUAGAUGGUGACAUGACAAAAUAUGUUCCAGAAUCAAAAGACAUUACCAAAGACACAGUUUCUGAAUUUGUUCAAAGUUUUCUUGAUGGAAAAUUAAAACCACAUUUAAUGAGUGCUGAUAUACCAGAAGAUUGGGACAAAAACCCAGUUAAAGUUUUGGUUGGCAAAAAUUUUGCUGAUGUUGCACUUGCGAAGGACAAAAAUGUCUUUGUUGAAUUUUAUGCUCCAUGGUGUGGACAUUGUAAACAACUUGCUCCAAUCUGGGACAAACUUGGUGAAAAGUACAAAGAUAGCGAAGAUGUUGUCAUUGCAAAAAUGGAUUCCACAACUAAUGAAGUUGAAGAUGUCAAAGUCCAAAGCUUCCCAACACUCAAGUACUUUCCAAAGGAUGGACCAGUUGUUGACUACAACGGUGGCAGGACCUUUGACGAUUUUGUAAAAUUUAUCGAAUCUGGUGGUAAAGAUAUGGGAUCUACUGGAGCUCCAGAAGAAGAAGAAGAGGGUGAAUUGCCACCAGAGGAAGGUGAAGAAGAAGAAGAAGAAGAAGGACCUGAGGGAGAACAAGCACCAAAAAUUGAAUUGUAAAUAAACCAUGUUUUAGGACGCCUUUUAACAAAUUCUUUCAGAAAGUGUUCGGUUUGUAUAACAACCGUUUUAAUAAUUUUUAUUUAUUCUUAGAUGGAUAAAUUAAUUUAAACGUUGAAAAGCUUUGCACUUUUUGUAACAUAUUUUUCUAAAUCUUACCAAAACAUUGCUAAGCGCUUUACUGGUGGAGAAUUUUCCCGCAGCAAGUAUUUAUAUAUUAUAUACUAUGAACAGCUGACAGUUGUUUUGUUGGGUUUUGUACUGUUUUGUUGUGGGAACAAGAAAUGUUAACAAA